CAGGUUUAAAAGUUGUUAUCCAGACCAGUUUCUGCGUUCGGUUUUUGACGUAUCAGUACUUUCUAUUUCUACAAAGGAAGAUGCGGCCCACACUUGUUUAUUUUGCGGUAAUUGUCUGUGCAAACUCGCCUGGAAGAUGCGGCCCACACUUGUUUAUUAUGCGGUGAUUAUUUGUGCAAACUCGCCUGCAGUAAUAGGACAGCAGCACAAUAUGUCCCAUUCACCAGAGUUUCGAUUGAGGAAGACUCUUCUUUCUUCAUACGACAAAAUGGUUCGUCCGGUGUUGGAGCCGUCAGAUGUUGUUCAAGUCGAUUACAAUGUGCAGUUCCAGGCGCUAAACGCAGUGGACAAUAAAGGACAAACUAUUACAACAGAUAUGAUGAUCACCCAGGUAGGCUAUGUUUCAGUUUUAGAAAGUGCAACCUAACUACGAGACAAAUGGAGAUAUGAGCCCUUCCUAAUAUUUCUGGUGUUAACGUGACUUUAAGGAGUGGUUUUGAAGUUAUUAUCUAACAACGAAUUAAAAGUCGGAGAUUCACUGAAAUUUAUACCUAUAUUUUAUCUAUAACGACCGAAAGAUAUGUAAAUAGAAUAAAUUUCAUCUUUACUACCGAAAAAAAGCAAAAAGUUUGAUUUUCUUUUAAAACUUGAUUGUAAAAGGGCAAACCCGAAAAUUUUCCCAAUUUGUUGUAUGUGUCUGCAUGUGGAAGUAACUUUUCAGUCCAUAAAUAUAUAACUAUUGCAAAGAAAUUUGAGGCAAACUUUCCAGAACUCUAAACUAUUUCAAAUUGAUUUGCCUGUAUUUUGCAACAGUUCGGCUAAAGUGGAAGCUGGAUUUUUUAUAUCUGCAUAUAGUUUGCACAGUUGGCAGCGGUAAUUAAGGUUCGAAUAUCAUCAACCAAGCGCCCUCAUAAUUGUUUUUUUCGGGCUGAACUCCUCCUGCCUCUAAAUAUUCAUAAUUUUAUCUAUAAUGAAGGUUCUCGGUGGAAUACGAAGAUCCCAAUUAAAUAAAUGUAUAUACCUGUAAUAGUUGAUGGUAACUUUUUAUUAAUUCCUUUAUCUUUUACUCCUCAAAACGGAUUAACCUAACACGAGCUGUCGCAAAGUCUUAUAACUCUAUUCCUUGGCUCGCAGAAAUGGAAUAAUCCUUACCUACGUUGGGAUCCCUUGAAUUAUAAAAAC